CGAGCACAUCAGCAUGCUGGUCAUCAUGCUGAACUGUGUGACGCUCGGCAUGUUCCGGCCCUGCGAGGAUGUUGAGUGCCGCUCAGAGCGUUGCAGCAUCUUGGAGGCCUUUGACGACUUCAUCUUUGCCUUCUUCGCUGUGGAGAUGGUUAUCAAGAUGGUGGCUUUGGGGCUGUUUGGGCAGAAGUGCUAUCUGGGUGACACCUGGAACAGGCUGGACUUCUUCAUUGUCAUGGCGGGCAUGAUGGAGUAUUCUCUAGACGGACACAACGUGAGCCUCUCCGCCAUCCGCACGGUGCGUGUGCUGCGGCCCCUCCGCGCCAUCAAUCGGGUCCCCAGCAUGCGGAUCCUGGUCACUCUGCUGCUGGACACGCUGCCCAUGCUUGGGAAUGUCCUUCUCCUCUGCUUCUUCGUCUUCUUCAUCUUCGGCAUUGUUGGGGUCCAGCUCUGGGCUGGCCUGCUGCGGAACCGCUGCUUCCUGGACAGCACCUUCGUCAGGAACAACAACCUGACCUUCCUGCGUCCAUACUACCAAACAGAAGAGGGUGAGGAGAACCCUUUCAUCUGUUCCUCACGCCGCGACAAUGGCAUGCAGAAGUGCUCGCACAUCCCCAACCGUCGUGAGCUUCGUGUGCAAUGCACUCUUGGCUGGGAGGCCUACGGGCAGCCACAGACUGAGGAUGGGGGUGCUGGCCGCAAUGCCUGCAUCAACUGGAACCAGUACUACAAUGUGUGCCGCUCAGGGGAAUUCAACCCUCACAACGGCGCCAUUAACUUUGACAACAUCGGCUACGCUUGGAUCGCCAUCUUUCAGGUCAUCACCCUGGAGGGCUGGGUGGAUAUCAUGUACUACGUCAUGGAUGCCCACUCGUUCUACAACUUCAUCUACUUCAUCCUGCUCAUCAUUGUGGGCUCCUUCUUCAUGAUCAACCUAUGUCUGGUGGUGAUCGCCACGCAGUUCUCAGAGACCAAGCAGAGGGAAAACCAGCUGAUGCGUGAACAGCGGGCCCGCUAUCUGUCCAACGACAGCACGCUGGCCAGCUUCUCGGAGCCCGGCAGCUGCUACGAGGAGCUCCUCAAGUAUGUGGGCCACAUCUUCCGCAAGGUUAAGCGCCGCAGCCUGCGCCUUUACGCCCGCUGGCAGAGCCGGUGGCGUAAGAAGGUGGACCCCAGCAGCACCCUGCAUGGCCAAGGCCCUGGGCGGCGGCCACGGCGGCCAGGCAGGCGCACAGCUUCCGUGCACCACCUGGUUUACCAUCACCACCACCACCAUCAUCACCAUUACCACUUCAGCCACAGUGGCCCACGCCGUCCCAGCCCAGAGCCGGGUGCCGGUGACACCAGGUUGGUCCGGGCCUGUGUGCCCCCAUCGCCACCAUCCCCAGGCCAUGGGCCACCAGACUCUGAGUCUGUGCACAGUAUCUAUCAUGCUGACUGCCAUGUGGAGGGGCCACAGGAGAGAGCCCGGGUGGCCCGCUCCAUAGCCACUGCUGCCAGUCUCAAGCUGGCCUCAGGUCUGGGCACCAUGAACUACCCCACCAUCCUGCCUUCAGGAACAGUCAACAGCAAAGGUGCCACCAGCCCACGCUUCAAGGGGCUCCGGGGUGCCGGAACCCCGGGUCCUGCAGCUCGAAGUCCUCAGAGCCUGGGCAGCCCCAGCCCCUACGAGAAGAUCCAGCAUGUGGUUGGGGAACAAGGACUAGGCCGAGCCCCCAGCCACCUGUCGGGCCUGAGCGUGCCCUGCCCCCUGCCCAGCCCCCAGGCGGGCACGCUGACCUGUGAGCUGAAGAGCUGCCCAUAUUGUGCCAGCGCCCUGGAGGACCCUGAGUUUGACUUCAGUGGCUCAGAGAGUGGAGACUCAGAUGCCCACGGAGUCUAUGAGUUUACGCAGGAUGUGCGACAUGGGGAUUGCCGGGACCCGGUGCAGCAGCCCAAUGAAGUGGACACGCCAGGUCGUGGCAGUGAGAGGCGGCGGCCACCUCGGCGGCCAGCCUCAGAGCCAGGAGGGCUAGGCCGCCUCUGGGCUUCCUUCAGUGGCAAGCUGCGUCGCAUCGUAGACAGCAAGUACUUCAACAGGGGCAUUAUGGCUGCCAUCCUUGUCAACACUCUGAGCAUGGGCGUUGAGUAUCAUGAGCAGCCUGAUGAGCUGACCAAUGCCCUGGAGAUAAGCAAUAUCGUGUUCACCAGCAUGUUCGCCCUGGAGAUGCUGCUGAAGCUGCUGGCCUGUGGCCUGCUGGGCUACAUCCGGAACCCUUACAACAUCUUCGACGGCAUUGUGGUUGUCAUCAGCGUCUGGGAGAUCGUGGGGCAGGCGGAUGGUGGCCUGUCCGUGCUCCGCACGUUCCGGCUGCUGCGGGUGCUGAAGCUGGUGCGUUUCCUGCCGGCCCUGCGGCGGCAGCUGGUGGUGCUCAUGAGGACCAUGGACAACGUGGCCACCUUCUGCAUGCUGCUCAUGCUCUUCAUCUUCAUCUUCAGCAUCCUGGGCAUGCACCUGUUUGGCUGUAAGUUCAGCCUGAAGACAGACUCUGGAGACACGGUCCCUGACCGGAAGAACUUCGACUCCCUGCUGUGGGCCAUCGUCACGGUGUUCCAGAUCCUGACGCAGGAAGACUGGAACGUGGUCCUCUACAACGGCAUGGCUUCCACCUCCUCCUGGGCUGCCCUUUACUUCGUGGCCCUGAUGACCUUUGGGAACUACGUGCUCUUCAACCUGCUGGUAGCCAUCCUGGUGGAAGGCUUCCAGGCAGAGGGGGAUGCCACCAGGUCUGACACGGACGAGGAUAAGACAUCUACCCACUUAGAGGAAGAUUUUGAGAAGCUCAGAGAUCUUCAGGCCACAGAGAUGAAGAUGUACUCACUGGCUGUGACCCCUAAUGGGCACCUAGAGGGCCGGGGCAGCCUUCCGCCUCCUCUUAUCACACACACAGCAGCUACGCCUAUGCCCACUCCCAAGAGCUCCCCACACCUGGAUGUGGCCCAUGUUCUCCUGGACCCACAGCACAGCAGCAGUGGUCCGGUGGACCCCCAACUGGGGGACCAGAAGUCUCCGGCCAGCCUCCGCAGUUCCCCCAGUACCCCGUGGGGCCCCAACAGCGCUGGGAGCAGCCGCCGCUCCAGCUGGAACAGCCUGGGCCGCGCACCCAGUCUCAAACGCCGCAGCCAGUGUGGGGAGCGCGAGUCGCUGCUCUCCGGUGAGGGAAAGGGCAGCACGGAUGACGAGGCCGAGGACGGCAGACCAGGCGUGGGAGCCCACCCGGAAGCCUCGCCGGGGCCCCGUGCCACCCCACUGAGGCGGGCCGAGUCACUGGACCACCGCAGCACCCUGGACCUAUGUCACAGCCCGCGGCCCGCUGCCCUCCUACCCACCAAGUUCCACGACUGCAACGGGCAGAUGGUGGCCCUGCCCAGCGAGUUCUUCCUGCGCAUCGACAGCCACAAGGAGGAUGCAGCCGAGUUUGAUGAUGAUAUAGAGGAUAGCUGCUGCUUCCGCCUACACAAAGUGCUAGAACCCUAUGCGCCCCAGUGGUGUCGCAGCCGGGAGUCCUGGGCCCUGUACCUCUUCCCACCGCAGAACAGGCUACGCGUCUCCUGCCAGAAGGUCAUUGCACACAAGAUGUUUGACCAUGUGGUCCUUGCCUUCAUCUUCCUCAACUGCGUCACCAUUGCCCUGGAGAGGCCGGACAUUGAUCCAGGCAGCACUGAGAGGGCCUUCCUCAGCGUCUCCAACUACAUCUUCACAGCCAUCUUCGUGGUAGAGAUGAUGGUGAAGGUGGUAGCCCUGGGACUGCUGUGGGGUGAGCACGCCUACCUGCAGAGCAGCUGGAAUGUCUUGGAUGGGCUUCUUGUCCUGGUGUCCCUGGUUGACAUUAUCGUGGCCAUGGCCUCAGCUGGCGGUGCCAAGAUCCUAGGCGUUCUGCGUGUGCUGCGCCUGCUUCGGACCCUGCGGCCUCUGAGGGUCAUCAGCCGAGCUCCGGGCCUCAAGCUGGUUGUAGAGACUCUGAUCUCAUCGCUCAGGCCCAUUGGGAACAUCGUCCUCAUCUGCUGCGCCUUCUUCAUUAUCUUUGGCAUCCUCGGGGUGCAGCUUUUUAAGGGCAAAUUCUACUACUGCGAGGGCUCGGAUACCAGGAACAUCACCACCAAGGCCGAGUGCCACGCCGCCCACUACCGCUGGGUGAGGCGCAAGUACAACUUUGACAACCUGGGUCAGGCGCUGAUGUCCCUGUUUGUGCUGUCGUCCAAGGAUGGCUGGGUGAACAUCAUGUAUGAUGGGCUUGACGCUGUGGGCAUUGACCAGCAGCCCGUGCAGAACCACAACCCCUGGAUGCUGCUGUACUUCAUCUCCUUCCUGCUCAUCGUCAGCUUCUUCGUGCUCAACAUGUUCGUGGGCGUGGUGGUGGAGAACUUCCACAAGUGCCGCCAGCACCAGGAGGCCGAGGAGGCGCGGCGGCGCGAGGAGAAGCGGCUGCGGCGCCUGGAGAGGAGGCGCAGGAGUAAGGCGGCCCCCGAGGUGGCGGAGGCCCAGCGCCGGCCCUACUAUGCGGACUACUCACAUACGCGCCGCUCCAUCCACUCGCUGUGUACCAGCCACUACCUGGACCUCUUCAUCACCUUCAUCAUCUGCCUCAACGUCAUCACCAUGUCCAUGGAGCACUACAACCAGCCCAAGUCUCUGGAUGAGGCCCUCAAGUACUGCAACUAUGUCUUUACCAUCGUCUUCGUCUUUGAGGCUGCAUUGAAGCUGGUGGCCUUUGGGUUCCGGAGGUUCUUCAAGGACAGGUGGAACCAGCUGGACUUGGCCAUAGUCCUCCUGUCCAUCAUGGGCAUUGCGCUGGAGGAAAUUGAGAUGAAUGCUGCCCUGCCCAUCAACCCCACCAUCAUCCGCAUCAUGCGCGUGCUUCGCAUCGCCCGUGUGCUGAAGCUACUGAAGAUGGCCACAGGCAUGCGUGCCCUGCUGGAUACUGUGGUUCAAGCUCUGCCUCAGGUAGGGAACCUUGGUCUUCUUUUCAUGCUCCUGUUUUUUAUCUAUGCUGCCCUGGGAGUGGAGCUGUUUGGGAGGCUAGAGUGCAGCGAGGACAAUCCCUGUGAGGGCCUGAGCAGGCACGCUACCUUCACCAACUUCGGCAUGGCCUUCCUCACACUGUUCCGAGUGUCCACGGGGGACAACUGGAAUGGGAUCAUGAAGGACACUCUGCGUGAAUGCGCCCGUGAGGACAAGCACUGCCUCAGCUACCUGCCUGCGCUCUCGCCUGUCUACUUCGUCACCUUCGUGCUGGUUGCCCAGUUCGUGUUGGUCAAUGUGGUGGUGGCUGUGCUCAUGAAACACCUGGAGGAGAGCAACAAAGAGGCCCGCGAGGAUGCUGAGAUGGAUGCCGAGAUUGAGCUGGAGAUGGCUCAGGGGUCUGCAGCCCAGCCCCCGUCUGUAGCACAGGAAAGCCCGGGUACCCAGCCAGACUCUCCAAACCUCCUGGUCGUGCGCAAAGUGUCUGUGUCCAGGAUGCUCUCCCUGCCCAAUGACAGCUACAUGUUCCGGCCCGUGGCUCCCGCCAUCGUCCCACACCCUCACCCGCUGCAGGAAGUGGAGAUGGAGACCUACGCUGGUAGUGACCCUUUGGGCCCAGUCACCUCUGCUCACUCACCGCCCCUGGAGCCCCGUGCCUCCUUCCAGGUACCAUCAGCUGCAUCCUCCCCAGCCAGGGCCAGCGAUCCCCUUCGUGCCCUUUCACCCCGAGGUACACCCCGCUCUCUGAGCCUCUCACGGAUCCUCUGCAGACAGUUCUCCAGGCCCCGGAAGACUGUCUUAGGAGCUCAGACGCCCAGGCAGAGUUCUUCUCCGUGUACCCACAGUAUAGCAGAUACAUCCUCUGAAGUCUCAGAGGAGGCCAUGCACACCGAGUCCCUGGAAGGUCAGGUUGAUGAUGCUGGAGAAGAGAACAUCCCAGACCACACAGAGCCUGCCGAAAAUACCUCCACAAGGCAGGUGCCUCUGGGCUCCCUGCGGUCCCCUCCCUGCUCCCCACGACCUGCCAGUGUCCGUACUCGCAAGCACACUUUCGGGCAGCGCUGCAUCUCCAGCCGCCCUCCCACCUUGGGAGGAGAUGAGGCGGAAGCAGCGGACCCAGCAGACGAGGAGGUCAGCCACAUCACCAGCUCAGCCCACCCCUGGUCGGCCACAGAGCCCCACAGCCCGGAGGCCUCCCCAACAGCCUCCCCUGCUGCCAAAGGUGCGGUGGGCAGUGGGCGGGACCCACGCAGGUUCUGCAGUGUAGACGCUCAGAGCUUCCUGGACAAACCAGGUAGGGCAGAUGUCCAGCGGUGGCCCUCUGUGGAACUGGAUAGUGGAGACAGCCACCUGGAGUCCGGGGAGGGGAGGGGCCGGGCCUCAGAGCUCGAACCAGCUCUUGGUGCACGAAGGAAGAAGAAGAUGAGCCCUCCCUGCAUCUCCAUCGAACCUCCCGCUGAGGAUGAGGGCUCCUCCCGGCCGCCUGCAGCCGAAGGUGGCAACACUACCCUGAGGCGCCGAACCCCAUCCUGCGAAGCUGCCCUCCACAGGGACUGCCUCGAGUUCACAGAGGGCCCAGGCGCUGGAGGGGAUGCUGUUGCCAAGGGUGAGCGCUGGGGCCAGGCCUCCUGCCGGGCAGAGCACCUGACCGUCCCCAACUUUGCCUUCGAGCCUCUGGACAAGGGGGGACCUGGUGGAGACUCUUUCUUGGACAGUGACCAAAGCGUGACCACAGAACCCAGAGUUUCUUUGUCGGGGGCUAUAGUGCCACUUGUUCACCAUGAAACUGAACCUUCUGUGCCCUCUGGCGACCCUCCAGAGAAGGGACAAGGACUGUACCUCACUGUGCCCCAGGCCCCCUUGAAGAAACCAGGGUCUCCCCCAGCCACCCCUGCCCCAGAUGACAGUGGAGAUGAGCCUGUGUAGAUUGGACUGCGUGUACACAGGGUUUUGGCGUUUAGGUUGGUGGCUCCCUGCAGGGUGGUAGCCCCAGUCAGGGCCAUGAGUGGACCCUGGCUCAGGCCCCACUGAGGCAGAGGGACCCGGAGAUACCAUCCCGGGAGAGGCAGCAGACAUUCAGUCUCUGCACCAUGACGCAGGAGCAGCCUCGGGCCCCACGAGCCUCCCUCGUGGUGAUUCAGGUUUGGGUUUUCCUGAGUUUUAACCACCACCAUCUGAAGUCGUUACCAGGACCAGGUCAUCAGUCUCAGGAGGAGAGGCUCUGUCCUGGGAAGGACCAGAAACUUCUCAUGGGCAGGAGGGCACCGCAGCUCCAUCCACGUGACACAGAUUCCCAUAGGGAACACAUGCUUGAGCCCCUCGUGCCCCGGUGGGCAGACAUCUGGUCCCGCGGCCACCACAUCCAGUUAUCACCUCCGUUCACGGUCUCAUUCUUGUCCGUCACUCAGUGCUCUUCCUCUCACAUGACCCCUCUCCCUACUCCAUCCUCUUAGAAGGUCUAGAAACUUGUCAGUCGCCCUGGGAAGGGCAACACCACCGAGGAGCAAUGGCCCGUGCAAUAAGACGGCACAGUCCCGAAUGGGCGGGGCUUCCCGUUCCGUCCCAGGCCUCGGGCCUUGACAUUUAUUUGCCAUCGUUUGCUUUGAGUCACCUGUUUCACACAUUCAGGUUAACGUUGCAAUAAUCAGAUGCAGAAAAACUUGGCUUCCUAAGUCAAAGAUAAGGGGCGGGAAGGGGCAAGGCAAAGCUGAAUAAACACUAACUUAUUUAAGAGAUGUGUUUGGGUUGUG